UCCGUUCUUGGGUGGAUGUGGGCACAUUUGUUGUGGAAAUGCCUAAGCUUAUGAAUUCAUCGGUUUUCUUUCUACCAGUUUUAUGGGGUUUGGCGCUUGGUGGCUCUCAAAGUGUACAAAUUGGUGGACUCUUUCCAAGGGGUGCUGAUCAGGAGUACAGUGCAUUUCGGAUAGGAAUGGUUCAAUUCAGCACACCCGAAUUCAGAUUGACGCCCCAUAUUGACAAUCUGGAAGUAGCGAACAGUUUUGCCGUCACCAAUUGUUUCUGUUCCCAGUUCUCGAGAGGAGUUUACGCCAUCUUUGGAUUCUACGACAAGAAGUCGGUCAACACGAUAACGUCGUUCUGUGGGACUCUGCAUGUGUCAUUUAUCACCCCCAGCUUCCCGCUGGAUGGAACUCAUCAAUUCAUCAUCCAGAUGAGGCCUGACAUCAAAGGACCCCUACUCAGCCUCAUUGAGUACUACAAGUGGGACAAGUUUGCCUAUCUCUACGACAGUGAUAGAGGUUUGACCACGCUGCAGGUGGUGCUGGAUACGGCUGCGGAGAGGAAGUGGCAGGUGAUGGCCAUUAACGUGGGCAACCUGAAGGACGAGAGGAAAGACGAGGCCUAUCGCUCCCUCUUCCAGGACCUGGAGAACAAGAAGGAGAGACGGGUCAUCCUGGACUGUGAACAGGACAAAGUCCGAGACAUUAUGGAGCAGGUCAUCACCAUUGGCAGACAUGUGAAAGGCUACCACUACAUCAUUGCAAAUUUGGGUUUUGUGGAUGGGGACCUCUCCAAAAUCCAAUAUGGCGGAGCCAACGUGUCAGGUUUCCAGAUUGUGGAUUUUGAUGACCCGUUGGUGUCCAAAUUUGACCAGAUUUGGGAGGCUCUGGAGGAGAAGGAAUACCCUGGUGCCGACAGUAAGAUUAGGUACACAUCUGCGUUGACCUACGACUCAGUGCAGGUGAUGACGGAGGCCUUCCGCUACCUGCACAAGCAGCGCAUUGACAUCGCCAGGAAGGGCAACAACGGCGACUGUCUGGCCAACCCCGCUGUGCCCUGGGCGCAGGGAGUGGAGAUCGAGCGCGCACUCAAACAGGUUCGUGUGGACGGCCUCACAGGGAACAUUCAGUUCGAUCAACAUGGCAAACGAGUCAACUACUCAGUUAAUAUCAUGGAGCUGAAAAAUAAUGGUCCUGUGAAGAUUGGAUAUUGGAACGAAGUUGACAAAAUGGCUGUCACAAAAUCAGACGUGUUCCCGAAUGACACAACAGGGAUGGAAAACAAAACUGUCAUUGUGACCACAAUCUUGGAAGCCCCAUAUGUAAUGCUUAAGAAGAACGCUGACCUUUUUCUAGACAAUGAAAGAUACGAGGGCUACUGUGUAGAUUUGGCCGCUGAGAUAGCCAAGCACUGUGGCUUCAAAUACCAGCUGAAAAUAGUGGGGGAUGGAAAAUAUGGAGCUCGAGACGCUGAGACCAAGAUCUGGAACGGAAUGGUGGGAGAGCUCGUCUAUGGGAAAGCUGAUAUAGCCGUGGCACCAUUGACCAUUACCCUCGUCCGAGAAGAAGUCAUUGACUUCUCCAAGCCCUUCAUGUCCUUGGGGAUCUCCAUCAUGAUCAAGAAGCCCCAGAAGUCUAAACCUGGAGUCUUCUCUUUCCUGGACCCUCUGGCCUACGAGAUCUGGAUGUGCAUCGUGUUUGCCUACAUCGGUGUGAGCGUGGUGCUCUUCCUGGUCAGCCGAUUCAGCCCAUACGAGUGGCACACAGAGGAGUACGAGGAUGGCCAGAUCCAGACUAAUGAAUCGACCAACGAGUUUGGGAUAUUCAACAGUCUCUGGUUCUCCCUCGGCGCCUUCAUGAGACAGGGCUGUGACAUCUCGCCAAGAUCCCUCUCUGGGCGUAUUGUGGGAGGGGUGUGGUGGUUCUUCACCUUGAUCAUCAUCUCCUCCUACACGGCCAACCUGGCUGCCUUCCUCACUGUUGAGAGGAUGGUGUCGCCCAUUGAGAGUGCUGAGGAUCUGGCGAAGCAGACCGAGAUUUCCUAUGGAACACUGGACUCCGGCAGUACCAAGGAGUUUUUUAGGCGCUCCAAAAUUGCCCUAUUCGAUAAGAUGUGGACUUACAUGCGGAGCGCAGAGCCCUCUGUGUUCGUGAAAACCACAGCAGAGGGGGUGCUGCGGGUGCGCAAGUCCAAGGGCAAAUACGCCUAUCUGCUGGAGUCCACCAUGAACGAGUACAUCGAGCAGAGGAAGCCCUGCGACACCAUGAAGGUCGGCGGCAACCUGGACUCCAAAGGCUAUGGGAUCGCCACGCCCAAAGGAUCCUCAUUAAGAAAUGCGGUUAACCUCGCAGUACUAAAACUGAAUGAGCAAGGCCUGUUGGACAAAUUGAAAAACAAAUGGUGGUACGACAAAGGAGAGUGCGGCAGCGGGGGAGGUGAUUCCAAGGAGAAGACGAGCGCCCUCAGUCUGAGCAACGUUGCUGGGGUCUUCUACAUCCUGGUCGGCGGACUUGGUUUGGCCAUGCUGGUGGCCUUGAUUGAGUUCUGUUACAAGUCCCGAGCCGAGGCGAAACGAAUGAAGGUGACCUUCACAGACGCGAUGAGGAGCAAAGCGAGGCUGUCUAUAACGGGGAGUACUGGGGAGAACGGCCGUGUGAUGACUCCAGAGUUUCCGAAAGCAGUGCAUGCAGUACCUUACGUGAGACCUGGCAUGGGAAUGAACGUCAGCUUGACAGAUCUCUCCUGAUCGAUAAGAACCUUUCGAGUGCCUUACACUGGUUUCAAUAGAACAGUUUUUGUCUUUUCCCCCGCCCCUCUUUCUUCGCACUUUCUUUUUCUCGGUCUUCGUUGAAUGGUUCGAGGGUCCUCACAUUAUGGUGGCAUGAAGACAUUUCCUUCUUUUCGCUCUUUAUUUCUCACUAAACAAAAUACUCUCCCUCUCGAUGGAAUUUAAUCUCGGGAAUAAAAAGGGAGGUUGUUUUUUUGUAAACCGGUGACAUCAUCAUUUACUAUCUCUAUCUGAGUUUUAGGAGGCUUUAUUGACUGUAACAGCUGCUAAUGGGAGGUCUGUCAUCUCAACUG